GGUCAGUGACAUUUCGUAAAUGUCGUUUAUCGCCGGCGCCGGCGGUUUCGAAAUACGGAUAAGCGGGUAGAUUUUAAGCAUAUUUCCCAUAUAUAAGUUAUAACCCUUCAUUCAUCUCCAGAUAAAUAAAUUCACGUUUCUCGUACGGUAUUAUGGAUAUCUAGUUUCGAAUUAUCGUUAGACAUUAUUCCGUUUUCGUGUAUCGCCGUUAAAAGCUAACCAGUUGUUGACCAUGGCUCUCAAGUCCAUCAUCUAUAAUAGGGAAACCAAUAAUCUAGAAAUUCUGGAUCAACUUCUACUGCCAGCGAUCACGAAGUAUGUGAAAGUUAAAGGAGUGGAAGAUGGAUGGAAGGUUAUCAAUAAAAUGCAAGUUAGAGGAGCACCAGCCAUAGCUAUAGUGGGCUGCCUGAGUCUAGCAGUGGAAUUGCAAAAUGACAAGUUUGAGAGCAAGAAGCAGUUUCGUCAAGAGGUUGAGGGUAAACUGAACUACUUGGUCUCCUCUCGGCCAACGGCUGUGAAUAUGAAAACUGCUGCUGAAGAGCUUAUAGAUCUUGUAAAUGAAUUAAGCAAGGAUGGAUCUGUGAGUUUGGAAGAUAUGAAAAAUAAGUUCCUAAUAACAAUUCAGCAAAUGCUAGAAAAAGACAUAGCGGAUAACCAAGCGAUAGGGGAUAACGGGGCCAAAGAAAUUCUAAGUAAAGUCGCAGGUGAUAGCCAAGUGAGGGUGAUCACACACUGUAACACAGGAUCGCUCGCCACCGCCGGAUACGGUACCGCUUUAGGUGUAAUAAGAAGUUUACAAGCAGCGAGGAGAUUAGAGCAUGUAUAUUGUACUGAAACCAGACCAUACAACCAAGGAGCCAGAUUGACUGCUUUCGAAUUGAUUCACGAGAAAAUCCCAGCAACACUGGUGUGUGAUAGUAUGGUGGCAGCCCUGAUGAAAAGUCGGAAUAUAUCGGCCGUUGUUGUUGGAGCAGACAGGGUGGCUGCGAAUGGUGAUACAGCAAAUAAAAUCGGAACCUACCAAAUGGCCGUGGUGGCCAAGUACCAUGGGGUACCAUUUUACGUUGCCGCACCAUUUACCUCCAUCGAUUCGAAAGUUACUAGUGGGGAGCAUAUAGUUAUAGAAGAAAGGCCGGAUAGGGAAAUGACGCAUGUUGGAGAACACAGGAUAGCAGCAAAAGGAAUCCAAUGUUGGAAUCCCGCCUUCGAUGUGACUCCGGCCAGUUUAAUCGCCGGAAUAAUAACCGAAAAGGGAGUUUUCCGACCGGACCAAUUAAAGGAUGUUUUCGCGAGUGCCAACCCGUAAAUAUCUUUAAAUGGAAAACACUUAAUUUUAUUGAACAAACAAAAUAUAUAUCGACUAUUUUUGGAUAAUUUUACUAUUUAUGUAUCAACUUACUACGACUAUUUCAUUCUAAGAUUGUUUAUUAAUAAUUAUUACACCUUAGAGCGAAUACUGAGAUAUUAAUUUAUAGCGACAGAUUAAGUACUUUUUAGCCAGUGAAAAUGCCCUAAAUUAUACUUUUUGGUCUGCUGAACCUCCCGAUUAUUAUUUAUGGAUUUUAAAACGUCAUAAGCCUUAACUAUUAUAGUACUAUAUAAUAAUUCCGCACAAGGUUUCUUUGAGACUGUUUGGAUUUUACUCCAGUUCACUCCUCCAGUGGCUAAUAGUAAUUUUUAAGUGAUUUUUUUAGUUAUAAUGGUUUUUAAGUUUGUAUGGUUUAGAUUAUUCUAGACAAUUAUAGAAUUUUUCAUCUUACUAAAA